UUGGCUCCAGCAUCCUCUCGGCACUGUCCUGCGUAACUGUACGAUCUCCAGGCCUAAAAAGCCUGGCACAGCCAGGCCCUGCAGUACUUUCCGGCGCGCCAUGGCGCUCAGGGCGGCGUGCUCCGCUGCGUUGGUGGCCUUCGGCGCAGCCGCGCAGCAGGACGGCACCAUCCUACUGCAGUCCAGCGCCUCCACGGUCGACGAGCUCGCCUUCCUGCACUCCGGCGAGGAGGUGGCCGUCGACUUCAAGGCGGGUUCCUUCGGCAUCCUGCCAGAGGGCGCCCCCGCGUGGUGCAAGGACGACAGCCAGCUGACCUGGAAGCAGAGGAGGGAGCGCAUGCAGGAGCACGUCACCCUCGAGUGGGCCAAGAAGGCGGUGAAGCAGAUGCUCGAGCAGAACGAGACGGUCCCCGAGUGGAUGGACAAGAUCGUGUCCGACGACGAGAAGCGGGGCAAGGCGAAGUGGGCGGUCGCGGAGUCAAAGCGCAUGAAGGCCGAGGGCAAGGAGACGCCGAAGUGGAUGGACGAGAUCGUGGAGGAGGACGCCAGAUGGGCCAACCGCUGGGCGGCGUGCAAGGCCGCGGAGCUGCAGCAUGCCAAGGAGGAGGUGCCUCAGUGGAUGCUCGAGAACGGCAGGAAGGGCAUCCUGGAGGCCGCCUCGGAGAAGGCGGCCGAGCUCCAGGAGGAGAUCGACGAGAUGGAGAAGGAGAAGGACAAGGACGAGGCGCUCGUGAACGCCCAGGGUGACGUGCAGACCGCCAACGAGAGGAUGCUGGCCAAGAGCAGGGAGUUCAAGGCGAGGACGGUGAGCUCGCAGCUCCGCGUGCUCGAGGGUGCCCUGGAGGAGCUCGACAGGGCCGAGGCUGAUGUGCAGCAGAGCGCCGGCACGGCCAAGGGGCCGAACCGGAAGUACAAGCAGGCGCUGCGAAAGGCUGAGGCCGCGUCCAAGCUGCUCACCAAGCUCCUGGAGCGGAAGGCGAGCAUGCUGAGCGCACAGAUGGCCGCGGCCGCGCAGUGAUCGCGGCAAGCUUUCACGACUCUGGGUUCUCCUGCUCCC